AUGAAGGAACCAGGGGAUCAGGAUACUGAUGGGAGGAGAUUGGAUAAAUCAAAGAGUGAUGGGAAACGGUCUCUGAGCUCCUUGAAGUCUGCAUCAAGAUUUGCUGUGAGAGAGGAUGCCACAGAUGAAACAUUUGUUGAAGGGGGAGAAUCAUAUUUAGAGGAUGAUGAUUAUGAUACGGAACGUUUGGAAGGAAGUUCAGGUUCAUUUCACUAUGACUAUGUGGAUAACAUUGGAGACUCUCAAUAUGUGGAAGCCCUUGCUCCAGGCUCCGAAGAGGUGGAGGAAGAAGUUAAGAAGAAAAUCUCAGAGAACUUCUUCUACGACUAUACGGAACUUAUUUCGAUGCCUUUUGUGACUCCGGAUUCGAACAUACCACUGGAUCUUCUCACACUUGUUCAUUCCUUUGGUUAUGACUGCAGAAAGCGGGCCAACCUACAACUUCUGGACAGCGAUAAUGUGAUCUACAUAGCUGGGAACCAGCUGAUCUUUCUGAAUUUGAAAACCAAGGAACAGCUGUACCUGCGAAGUAGCAGUGGUAGAGGAAUUGGUGUCAUUGGGGUACAUCCUGAUAAAACUUACUUCACAGUAGCUGAAAAAGGAGUUUUCCCAAAGAUUAUCAUCUAUGAGUAUCCUUCUUUGAAGCCCUACAGAAUCCUUCAAGAUGGGACCGAGCUGGGCUAUGCUUAUGUGGAUUUUGACAGCAGUGGUACCUUGCUAGCCUCUGUUGGCGGCAGCCCUGAUUACACACUGACCAUCUGGAAUUGGAAAGAAGAACAGCCCAUGCUGAGGACAAAAGCUUUUUCCCAGGAAGUUUUUAAGGUUACUUUCAAUCCCGAAGAUGAUGAGCAGCUUACUACAUCGGGAUCAGGCCACAUCAAGUUCUGGGAAAUGGCUCUAACAUUCACGGGUCUCAAGCUUCAGGGCUCAUUGGGUCGAUUUGGCAAAACAGCCACUACUGAUAUAGAAGGUUACAUGCAGCUCCCAGAUGGGAAGGUGCUCUCAGGAUCAGAGUGGGGCAACAUGCUGUUGUGGGAAGGCGGCCUCAUCAAGGUUGAGCUCUGUCGAGCUGCAAGGAAGUCUUGUCAUCAGGGUCCCAUUAACCAGAUAAUGCUGGAUGAGGGCGAAGUUAUCACCAUUGGGGCAGAUGGAUGUAUUAGGAUCUGGGAUUUUGAGACAGUAGACACUGCUGAUUCUAUUGAUGAUACUGGAUUGUUAGAGAUCGAACCCAUUAAUGAACUUCAAGUAGGCAAGAAUGUCAAACUCUUCUCUAUGAUAAAAAUGAACGAGAUUGGAAGUAAUUUUUGGUUAGCUCAGGAUGCCAAUGGAGCCAUAUGGAAGCUUGACCUUAGUUUUUCAAAUAUUACUCAAGAUCCAGACUGCCUCUUCUCCUUCCAUUCUGGGGCUGUUGAAGCCUUGGCAGUCUCUCCCCUCACUUACCUCAUGGCCACUACUGCCUUGGAUUGCUCUGUUCGAAUCUAUGAUUUUGCUAGCAAAAUGCCUUUGGCUCGGAUGAAAUUCAAACAGGGAGGUACUGCCCUUGCUUGGGUACCCCAACUGGUAAGCUACACCGGAGCACAGAUUAUUGCAGGAUUCGAAGAUGGGGUGGUUCGAAUUCUUGAACUUUACGAUCCAAAAGGACUCACAAUUUUUGCAGGACGGAAGAAAAUUUCUGAUGCAGAUAUUAAUUUGAAACAGGUUUUCAAACCCCAUACUGCUCGUGUCACUGCCUUAGCUUAUGAACGUGAUGGAGAAAUUCUAGCUACAGGGAGUAAAGAUCAAACCGUCUUCUUCUUUGAGGUAGAAAAGGAUUAUAAGCCAAUAGGGUAUAUUACUACUCCUGGACCUGUUCGCCAGUUAGUAUGGUCUUCAAACUCCCAUCCUGACAGUACUUUACUGAUUAUCUGUGAGAAUGGCUAUGUUCUUGAAACUCCACUUCCAACCAUAAAGGAGGAAGAGGAAAAUCGUGAUGUAGUUUCCUAUGAAAUCAAAGACAUGGACAUAAAGUGUUUUCAUUUCUCAAGUGUCAAGUCUAAGAUUCUGCGAUUAAUAGAAAUAGAAAAGAGAAAGACAUUAAGGGAUUUGAAGAAGAAGGAGAAGGAAGAAAGGAGGAAGCAGCUAGCAGCAGAGAUGGGAGAAGAUGGAGAAAAGGAACUCCAAGUAGAGGAGGAGGAAGAGGAAGAGGAGCCAUUACCUGAAAUCUUUAUUCCAUCAACUCCCUGUCACAUUCUCUGUGGAUUUUACUCUGAGCCAGGGAAGUUCUGGGUUUCUUUGGGUGGCUAUGAUGCUGGUUUUCUAUAUCACUGUGAGUUCCCCUCGUAUGACCAGAGUACUGCUAUCACAAAAAAGAAAGAUGAACCUUUUGAUUUUCGUCUUCUUGAAGAUACAGAGGAUAAUCCCAUCCAAACUAUCACUUUCAGCAUUCACCAAGAUAUGAUGUUUUGUGGAAUGCAAAAUGGAGCAAUUCGAGUCUAUAUCCUAAGUCAAAAUAAGCCUUCAUUGAUUAAUACAGAGGACUACUGGCACUUCAAUAUCCAUGACAAUAAUUAUGGUUGUAUUAAAGGCAUCUGUACUAGUUUUGAUGACCGUUUCUUGGUGACUACUGGAGCAGAUAGUAAUAUCUUUGUUUUCACCAUUUUUUCUGAAUUUGAGCUAAAGAAAGACAUCAAAGCUGAAGUGCCAUCUCCUAGGUUUGGAAUUGAGACAGAGCCAAUUCCAGAAGAUAUUGAAGAUCCCAAAGCCUAUAGUAUUGAGAAUGCUAGAAGAAAAAGACAACAUGACAAGUUAAUGAAAGAAGUGGAAGAAAUAAAGGCUGGGAAGAGAGAAAAACUCAAAGCUUUGAGGAAUGAAUUUUGGAAACUUCUAGAAAUGAAUCAAGGAUUACCAAAGCAUAUGCAGUUUAAGCGAACAGAUUUUGAUAUAGAUUCCAAAAUUCGUGCUGAGAUUGGCAGGAAAACAGCUUUUAAAAUUCAACAAGUGGAAAAAGAAUUAGCUUGGGAAAAAGAGAAACAUCAGAUUGGCCUCAUGAAACUACAGAAUAGAUUUCGUGAGUCAUUGGAAAGUGAUACUAUUGUGGUUCAUGCCAUACAAAGUGAUCACAAGAUAUCCUCCUAUAGGCUUGUGAAGCCCUCUAAGUAUUCCAAGUCCAAGCGAACAAGUCUGUCAGACAGAAGAACAAGCAAAUUGGAGAGGCUGGAAAAAGAAGGAGCUGGAAGGAAAGAUAGCCAGAAAGAUACAGGUGGGAACAUUAGUGUGCCAGAAGAAUCAAUUAUAGAAAAAGGGAAGAAGUUUCGGCCUAAAACCCUGAGUGAAAUUAUGGUGGAAAAUCAAAUUGAGAAAACAAGGAAACUUAUAUUAAAAGCUGAAAGGGCCCAACUUAAGAUUCAGCAACGAAAAAAAGAAUGGGAGGAACUGUACAAGAGUAAGCCUCAGGAUGACUUUGAAGAUCCCAGAGAUGUUCAAGCCAUCAAGGAGGCUCAGUUGUAUAUGGGAGACUUCAAUCUGAAGACAGCCGCAGACUAUAAGAUACCCGAGCACAUGAGAAUAAAUGCUGCCAAGAAGGAAGAGGAACUGGGACACCUAGACACCCUGGCCCACUCAAAGAAAAAGAACAUGAACAAAUGUAUCCUCUCUCUUCGAGACCUUAAAGUGGCUGUCAUUGAGGAAAUACAGUGCCUGGUUCAGGAACUGAAGAGCAUCCAGUCAACUCUUCAUGUGUCUAAGCACAUUCCUAUUCCCCAAGUCCCCCAGAUACUCCCGGAAGAAGUUCCAGAAAAGAGAUUUCAGUAUGAUGAGGAAACUCUCCUAAAUUUUAAGCGACAGCAGAUCAAGAUUCAGGAUGAAACGUCCUCCCAGCUGGAAAAGGGAGAGUCUGCUAUCUCAGGUGGAGGAUUCCUCAGACUCUCUUCUAUAAAGGACAGUGAUUUGACGACAAGAGAUUCAUUGUCUAGAUCAUCAAAGGCAUCAUCAUUCAGUGUAGAUGCUGUGAAGUUUUUGGAAUUUGAAAAAGCAGAUCCAAUUGAUAUAGAGCUGGAAGUUAUGAAAAGGGAUGAGAUUAAACAUUUGUACAUGCAACAGUAUUUAACUAACAGGAUCAAAGAACUGAUAGUCACUUUUGAUGCAGAACUCCAUCUUCUGAGACAUCAGAAACUGAAACUAGAUACUCAGAUGAAAUUAUCUGACCUUCACCAUGUCACAUUAUUUCAAGAAAUGCUUCUCCUCAAGAAUUUUGAAAAACAGGAGAAUAUACUUCAAGAGCGUGUUAAUUCAUUAGACAAAGAAGAACAGGAUAUGCAGUGGAAAAUAAAUGAAACUCUUAAAGAGAUGGAAGAGAAAAAGAAUGAAAUUGCCAAGCUCCAGGACCAAGAAAAAGCACUCUAUGCUGGCUUCCAAGCAGCUGUUGGAGAAAACAAUAAAUUUGCUAAUUUCCUAAUGAAGGUCCUAAAGAAGAGGAUUAAGCGGGUGAAGAAAAAGGAGGUUGAAGGAGAUGCCGAUGAAGAUGAAGAAAGUGAUGAAUCAAGUGAAGAAGAAUCUAGCUUAGAGAGUGAUGAAGAUGAGUCUGGAUCUGAUGAUGAGGUUUUUGAUGAUUCUAUUUGCCCAACAAAUUGCGAUGUGGGUCUUUUUGAAUUGGCCCUUCAACUUCGAGAGAAAAGGCUGGACAUUGAGGAGGCCUUAGUGGAAGAAAAGAAAAUUAUCGAUAACCUCAGAAAGGAACAUGAUACACUAUCCAAAAAAGUAAAAGUUGUGGCAGCUAACCUGAAUGUAGCAGAGGAGGCCCUGGAGGCUUACCAACGGGAGAAGCAGCAACGGCUGAACGAACUGCUUGUGGUGAUUCCACUCAAGCUCCACCAGGUAGAGCAUGUAGUAUUUGGAGAAAUUCCUAAUGAUCUUUCUGGAACCUUGGUCUUUUCUAACCAUUCCUUGGGACGCCUGCAAGAACGAAUCAUAGAGCUCCAUGAGGAAAAUUCCAAGCAGCAAAAACUUAACAAGGAAUGCCGGGAGAGGCGCAAACAGCUUAUCCGAGAAAAGAGAGAGAUGGCGAAAACUAUAAGCAAAAUGGAAGAAACAGUCCAUCAACUAAUGAUCAGCAAGUUUGGCCGUGUGAUAGACCUAGAAGCCCUUCAGACACUUUCCGUGAACACAACGCUUGAAGAGCUAAAGAUCAAAAAACUUCGAAAGGAGUUAAUGAAUGCAAAGGAAAUGAAGAUGUGGGAGGAAAAGAUUGCUCAGGUGCGAUGGGAGUUGAUGAUGAAGACAAAAGAACACACCAAAAAGCUUCAUCAGAUGAAUGAUUUAUGUAUUGAAAAGAAGAAACUUGAUUCUCGGUUGAAUACACUACAGAACCAGCAGGGCAAUGCCUUCCAGGGCCCUCGGAAAGCAGACAUUGUGGCAAGACAGAAGGUCACCGAAUUGAUCCAACUGCAGGCAGAAAGGAUUUCCGCCUUAAAGGAAGAGAUUGCUCUCUUGCGUAAGAAAGGUGGUCUUAUCCUCCCACCCAUUCAGCCUCCGCAAGAGGAGAUGAAGCCCAUGGGCCUUUAAGUUUGCUUUUUUCUUCAAAUCCAUCCAAGAUUUCAGACAUAUGACUUGCCAGAAGUCUGUUUCCUUGCUGGCUGCAACAGUCCUAUUAUUUUAAAGUGAAUUUGUUUAAAAGCCUAAGACCAGAUCUAGUCAUAUAGUAUUAAUGACUCUUCUCUAAUGUGGUUAUCUUAGAAUGGACUCUAGCCCCCAACAUCUAUUUCCCUUUGAACUGAACCAUUUUAGAUCUGUUUGGAACCCAAUGGACUGAAUAUGGAGCCUCAGAAGGCUGUAUGUAUCGCAAAACUUCAAGAAAGCACCUGCAAUAUAUCUUGU